AGGUUUGUGAACACUGUACCCCGGCUGGUUUCGCAGCAAGGCAUGGUUCAUGGCGACUUGUACGAAAUUGCGAUCAGCUGUCCUCCGGAGGGGAGGCAUCCGAAACCAUGGCCUUCGCUGGUGCCACCAAGAUCCUGCGAGGAUCACCACCCAUUACUCAGUUGUGCCCAGGGAAAAAGAUCAUCGAUGGAAAGAAAUUGACAUGAGCCGCGCCUCCGAUGAAAGCGACGUUGUCAUCGUUGGCGGAGGGCCAGCAGGGUUGUCAGCAGCCAUACGCCUGCGGCAGUUAGCCGCCGAGGCGGGUAAGGAACUCCGAGUCUGCCUCGUGGAGAAGGCCGGUCAGAUUGGUGGUCAUACUCUUUCCGGAGCCUGCAUCGAACCUGGCCCCAUUGAGGAGCUCUUCCCUGAUUGGAAAGAAAGAGGGGCCCCGUUGCAUACACCAGUGAAAAAAGAUGAAUUUUAUUACUUGACCGAAAAGUCACAGUACAGAAUCCCAGUGUUCAAAGGUCUGCCAAUGUAUAAUCAUGGAAACUACAUUGUAAGGCUUGGAAACGUGGUGGCAUGGCUUGGUGAACAAGCGGAGGCGAUGGGUGUUGAAAUCUACCCCGGAUACGGUGCCCAGGAGGUGGUGUACCACGACGACGGCAGCGUCAAAGGUAUUGCAACAAACGAUGUCGGCAUAGCAAAGGAUGGCUCGCCAAAGGAAAAUUUUGAGCGAGGCAUGGAGCUGCACGCCAAAUGCACCAUCUUUGCCGAGGGCUGCCACGGGAGUUUGGCGAAGCAGCUGUUCAAGCGCUUCAAUUUGCGCGAGGACUGCGAGCCGCAGACGUACGGUUUGGGGCUCAAAGAGCUGUGGGAGGUGGACCCGGCCAAGCACCAACCGGGCCUCGUCAUGCAUAGCAUCGGCUGGCCGCUUCACAAGGACAUAUACGGAGGGUCAUUUAUGUACCACCUCGACGAAGGUGCACCCCUGGUGUCCAUAGGCUUCGUGGUCGGCUUGGAUUAUCACAAUCCAUUCCUCAGCCCGUACCAAGAGUUCCAGCGGUACAAGACACACCCCCACAUACGCAACAUACUCGAAGGGGGCAAGCGCAUUGGCUAUGGGGCGAGAGCACUCAAUGAAGGGGGCCUGCAGAGCAUCCCGAAAUUAACAUUCCCUGGUGGUUGCCUGGUUGGCUGCAGCCCUGGCUUCAUGAAUGUGCCCAAGGUGAAGGGCACCCACAAUGCCAUGCGCAGUGCCAUGCUUGCAGCUGAAGCCGUGUUUGAAACUUUGACAGGAGAGAAUGCUUCCCCAACCAAAGGUUUGGAACCGAGCAGCUACGAGCAGAAGAUACGCAACAGUCCAGUGUGGAAGGAGCUGUACUCAGUGCGGAAUAUUCGGCCUUCCUUCAACACUGCUCUGGGCGUUUACGGCUCGGUCUUAUACACGGGUAUCUUUUAUUUCCUUUGCCGAGGCAAGGAGCCCUGGACCCUGCACCACAAAGGAACUGACAGCAGUAAGCUGGAACCAGCCAAGAAUUUCAAGCCGAUCGAGUAUCCGAAACCGGACAAUGUGGUGUCGUUUGACCUCCCAUCUUCCGUCGCGCUGACAGGCACCAACCACGAAGGAAAUCAGCCGCCCCACCUGACCCUUAUGAAUGAUAAGAUCCCUGUCGAGCGAAAUCAUGCCAUCUAUGAUGGACCAGAGCAGAGGUUUUGCCCUGCAGGUGUCUAUGAAUAUGUGCCUAAAGAGGAUGGCAAAGGUGUUCGACUGCAAAUUAAUGCACAGAACUGCAUACACUGCAAGACGUGUGAUAUCAAAGAUCCAAGUCAAAACAUCAAUUGGGUCACGCCGGAAAGUGGCGGUGGUCCCGCUUACUCAGGAAUGUGAACCGACAACUACGAGGCCUGGCCAACAGAAACCAUGCGCACUCGGACAGAGUCAACAAACUCAACAAGGGGCAGUGGAAACCGGGCUAGAUGUAUAUUUUUAGCUAAAAAUUGAGCAUGGUGCUCAACGGUGUACAAAUAAAGAGAAUUAUUUACAUCAAA